AUGCUCUUUACACUCUCUGAAUUGAGGCGGUACGGAGAGGAGGUUCUGAUUCAUCGGCGACCUGGAUAUUCGAGCUUCGGUACAGUUUCAAGGCUCGAAAGUCGGUCCCGUGUGAUAGUCACAUUCGAUGAACUCCGAGGAAGCGGACCUGAGGCCGAACGAUGUAACAAAGAAAGCCAAGAGGUUGCAUUCCGAUCGACAGGCACCGACAACUUCACGUUUAUUCUUCUUCUCUUGCAAUCUAUUUCUCCUCACUCACUCUUAUUUCAAAACCCACUGACGUCGAAGCUGGCGUCGGGCGUUCUGCAAGAUGGCGCCUUGAACACACACCUUCGCGAAGUGGCUGCUACGGGAACCACUUUAGUGGCAGUGAGCCACCCUCUGACCUCGUCAACCUAUUCAUUUGAAGGGACUCAAGAUUGCGACGUGGUCACCGGCCUUCGCCCCGGCGUCUCUCGGAUUCUGUUCUCAAACUAUCGCAAUCAUCCGAGGCUCCUGCCACUUCUGAUCGUCAAAGGUUUGCAGCAUGAAGCUGCGUUGCCUCGGAUCGCACGACCCAUCGCGAUGAAUCCCAAGCAAGACCGGGCAUUCUGGAAACACGAACCUGGUCCGGGACCACUACACUUCUCUUCUGCACCUGAUGAGGGGCAAGCCUUCAUCUCGGCUCGUAGCUGGUUCCACUCAUGGAGCAAGAUGUGCCAUGAGAUAUCACGCCAUGAUGCAUACUCCCUUGAGCUGGCUUUGGGCGGCACUUAUCUCGACAUGAAGCGGCACCGGAAGGGUAUCGCAACGGCGAGAGGAGUUUGGCGGUACCAGAUGCACCAGAGGCAGAGCGUCAUCAGGUUGUGUCGCGAAUUUUGGGAAGAGGGGAAGAUUAAUGUGAAAGCCUACCGGCCACGCCGUCUGCAGGCGCUCAUUUUGGCUGGCGUGGCAGUUGCUGCUCAGAAAUAUCGUUAA